AUGGAGGACAGCGACUCCGAAGCUUAUGACUAUGAUGAGAAUGACCACUGUGACAACUAUGACCACUAUGAUGGCUAUGAUGACUUGAAACCCCAGCCUUCCGACUGCGAGGACAGCGGCUCCGAAGCUUCUGACCACGGGAUGCCACUUGGCCAGGGCCAUGGACCACUGCACGACCUGGGUCUUCUCCUCGGACAAGCGCCCACCGAGCGCGUCGAGUUCUCCUUCGGCGGCGAGAUCGACUUCCUGCCUGCAGCACCGGGGCUCAGCAUCGACGGCCUGGGCCAUAUCGCGCUCCCUGUCGUCGAAGACGCCCAGGCCGAGGCCAUCAUGAGGGUCUGCGAACAGUCCCCAUUUGGGCACGGCCUCGAGACCCGGACCGACACGUCCGUACGCAACUCAUGGGAACUAGAUCCUGCCAAAGUCAGCAUCCACAAUCCCGCCUGGGGGGCCGGCAUCGACAUCGCGGCCAUGAUGAUCGCCGACAAGCUGGGCGUUCCCAACGUGCCCAUCUCGCUGCACCUCUACAAAUUCCUGUUGUACAAGGAAGGCGGCCACUUCGCCAAGCACCGGGAUACCAAGGAGGACGACAUGUUUGCCACCCUGGUGGUCCAGCUUCCGUCUGAGCACCAGGGCGGAGAGCUUGUCGUGUAUCGGGACGAUGCCGCAGAACCUGUUCGACACGACUUUGGUCAGGCUGCUGGCAAAUCCGCUUACGCUUGUCACUACGCCGUCCACUAUGCUGAUGCAGAGCAUGCUGUCACACCCAUCACGCGUGGAUAUCGACUCGCCCUCGUGUACUCUAUCUGCUGGCCCCGGUCGAGCGCCCAGCCAGCCGAAACCCGUGAUAUCAACAAACAACUCAAGACUGACAUGGCCGAGACCUUGACGGCUGUGGCCCGCACUGGCCGCAGUUUCCAUCUUUUCUUUGACCAUGCGUACACGACCAAGACCAUUGAGGCUCUAGGUAUCGCCGGCCUCAAAGGCAUAGACAGAAGUCGCAUGGCCGUGUUGAGCGAGAUCAACGCCGCGGCGCCGGGCGAUGCCCGCUUCGCCUUCUUCAUCGCAGAGGCAGAGAUGCACGCCAACUUCUACGGCACGGCUGGCUGGCUAUGA